AGAGAGAGAGAGAGAGAGAGAGCGGCAGCAGAGGGAUACGAGAAGAAAUUGAUCCGGAAUCGCUUCGUUUUCUCUCCUCGCUGGAUCGUCGCCAGUUACAAAAGCACGAUCGGGGGGAAUCGAAUCGGAAAACGCGAGACGAGGCGGAGAAGCCGAUCGUCUCUUGGAAACGGGCGUUGUUUGCGAAAUUCGUCGUGUUUCGACUCGACGUUGUCACUGCAAAAUGUCAGCCCAGCGACUAUAUCCUUCGUCGUGAAUUACAUUCUUUUUUAUAUGAAUUUUCGAAGAAAAAUCGGCAAGUGUCCCUUCAAUCGAAGCUAAAAUUAUCGAGUGAGAUUAUUUUAAUCGACUGGAGGAGGAGGGUAAACGACGAAAAUCUUCCAGUAAAGACACAUUCUCUGUACCGAAUGUUGGAAUCAGUUAUUCAUUUACGUGUGUGCGAGAUCGUGGGAAAAUCGAGGCCUGAAGUCAAGCCGGAUUCUACAGUUUCGACAGAGUGGUUUCGGCGAUGACUAUGAAAAAGAAAUCGCCGAAAAUCGAGGCCCAAGUGGUAGAGGCUAUUCGGAGGCUGCAGGCGGUGCAAGGAUCGACACCUCAGGAGAUCAGCAACUACAUUGCACAGGAGUAUAACAUCCCCAACUCCGAGAUCAGGCCGCACGUUCAACUCGCUCUCAAGCGCGGCGUGACUUAUGGCAUUCUUCAGCGUAUGAAGGGGGGAUGCUACUCGUACAAUCCGGACUACGAGCAACGCCCGGAGGGCCACGCGGCGAGGUCCACGGUUGUCGAGAUCCCCUGUCCCCAAGCGGACAGAUUUCGAAAAAGAGCACUGAAGAAACGGAGGGAAAGGCGGAAGAGGGCGAAAGCAGCAAGAGAAAGAAGAGCAAGAGAGAAAAGGGAAAAAUCGAGGAGACGCGCGAGAGCGCGUCGCGCACGAAGACGAAGUCGUAGAUCCCGUGGCAGAGGAAGACAAAGGAGGAGGAGGAGGAGGAGGAGCAGGUCCACGAGGAGUCGUCAACGACGAGGAAGAAGGAGGGAGCAGCUUCCGGGGGAAAUCGACGCGCUCGGGAUGACGACCAACGUUACCGACCUGGCCAAACAACAACCGAUCCCGACGAAAAGCUGCAGCAGUAGCCACUUAUCCAACGAUCAUUCAACCAUCUCUGCCAGUUCCGUAGAGAAGCAAGACUAACGGAUGUUCGUGCUUGCGUUCACGCUUUUACAUCGCCGAUAUCGACUGGCAAAGAUUGGAACAAGGCUGAAGAGACUGAAGCAAGAGCGAUAGAUGCAUAGAGCAUUUACAGAUCAGGAUCAAUUCGAACGCAUUUCCCUGUUCAAACACCGGUUACUGCACAAAUAUUUCUCUUGCUUUAUGGGUCGAUAAAUACGUACGAGCGGUGAGGAUCGUACGGGCGAAAGUAUAUCGUCGUGAUAUCCUUCAUACCUUGUGAAAUUUUUCUUCCACUCUGCGUGGCAGAUUCGUUACGAGUCGAUCGUCCUGAACACGUUUUAAGAUUUAUAAGCAGCUCGCGACGUGAUUUCAGAAUUCAGUGGUUCAGCUGGUCGACGACGGCGAUCUGUCGAGUCGCGUGUUUUCUAAAUUUAUACAGGCGAGUCUACUGCGACGUUUGCAGCUCUCUUGAAACAACUUCCAUAUAACCGGCCGGCUGCCUGUGGCCUUUGCUAAACACUGCUGGGAUCUCUCUCCUUUCUUCGCAGUUCCUCCUCGGAAUUCAUUAAGGAAAAAAAAAAAAAAAAAGGAGCAGUUCGUUUAAGCAA